AUGAGCGAUAGCCGCAUGGAUGAAUUACUUUCUGGAUUGGCUGAGAUAACGCCUAUAAAAAUUACCCAUUCGUUACCUAUGAAGGACUCUGAUGCUACCGAAAAUAAUUCGAAUAAACCUAAUUCGGAAUCUUAUGAAGAAGUUGUUGAUAACUCGACUUGUUCCCAUUCAAACGUUGAGGCAGCCGAAGAAUCAGCUGAGUGUAACAGCACAGCAGUCGAUGCUGCAAAACCUCAGGAGAGCGAAAAGCAAGAAGAUGGAAAUGUAGAAGUUCAUUGUGCAGAGUCAAGUGUAAACGCAUUGAAUGCAAAUGUGUCCACUUCUGAAAGCCCUGUCGACGGGUUUCCUGUGAGCGAUUCCAAGCGGAAGUUUCGCGUACUCGGACUAAAUUAUCCAGGAAAGUGGAUGGAGAGUCAAACGUUUCUUGACCUCCUCCACAAAAGCGAAACUUUUCAUUUAUGGUUUGAGAAGGCUUCAGAAGGAAAAGUUAAGCCAGGAGGAGCCAGUAUUGUUUUCGAAAGUGUCGCUGAAGCAAAAAAUGCCUUUGCUACUGUCCAAAAGAUGGAAAUCGAUGGGCGUUCCCUGAAGCUGCAGGCAUCUAAACUUUUUUAUGAGGAUGCUGUUAGCAGCGAGGAUCUUCAGCAGCCGGAGAAGGUCACUUACCCAUUUGAUGUUGUGAGUACUCCGAGCGACACAACUUAUAGGUUAUACGCAGUGCACUUACAUUCAUCUACAAAACAAGAUUUUUUAACGAGUGUAUUCGAUACGGAGUACGUCAAGUCGAUAAAACUAGCUAACGAUCCAUAUGUGCCAUCUGAAAUGCAAGCGGAGAUUGUUUUUUCUUCAAAAGAGGACGCUGAUACUGUACAGUCCGAGCUUGCUGAAUUAGAAGUGGAAGAAAUUGAUCGUAUGGUGUAA